AUGGCGAACCCGCGGGUCUUCUUCGACAUGACGGUCGGCGGCGCGCCGGCGGGCCGCAUCGUGAUGGAGCUGUACGCGGACACGGUGCCGCGGACCGCCGAGAACUUCCGGGCCCUCUGCACGGGCGAGAAGGGCGUGGGCAAGCUCGGCAAGCCGCUGCACUUCAAGGGCAGCGCCUUCCACCGCGUCAUCCCCGACUUCAUGUGCCAGGGCGGCGACUUCACCAAGGGCAACGGCACCGGCGGCGAGUCCAUCUACGGCGAGAAGUUCGCCGACGAGAAGUUCGCGCGCAAGCACACGGGCCCCGGGGUCCUCUCCAUGGCCAACGCGGGCCCCAACACCAACGGGUCCCAGUUCUUCAUCUGCACCGUCGCCUGCCCCUGGCUCGACGGCAAGCACGUCGUCUUCGGCCAGGUCGUCGACGGCAUGGACGUCGUCAAGGCCAUCGAGAAGGUCGGCUCCCGCAGCGGCACCACCUCCAAGCCCGUCGUCAUCGCAGACUGCGGCCAGCUCUAGAUCUGCCGU